AUGAGGAACGCUGGUACUCAUUCCGUUCCAAAGAGUGAUAUCACAAUGAAACAGGAUUCUUCAGUUAAUCUAAAGAAGACGUCGGACUUAAAGACUAUGCCGAGGCCCAUUAGAUCAGCACCUACAGCAUCGGCUCCCAAUACAUCAAACUCGAUGAACUCCUCAACGGCUUACAUUAGAUCAACCUCGACGAACGCCUCGAUGGUUCCCAGUACAACAAACUCGAUGAGCUCCUCGAUGGCUCCCAAUACAACAAACUUGACGAACUCCUCGAUGGCUCCCACUACAUCAAACUCGAUGAACUCCUCAACGGCUUACAUUAGAUCAACCUCGAUGAACUCCUCAACGGCUUACAUUAGAUCAACCUCGACGAACGCCUCGAUGGUUCCCAGUACAACAAACUCGAUGAGCUCCUCGAUGGCUCCCAAUACAACAAACUUGACGAACUCCUCGAUGGCUCCCACUACAUCAAACUCGAUGAACUCCUCAACGGCUUACAUUAGAUCAACCUCGAUGAACUCCUCAACGGCUUACAUUAGAUCAACCUCGACGAACGCCUCGAUGGUUCCCAGUACAACAAACUCGAUGAGCUCCUCGAUGGCUCCCAAUACAACAAACUUGACGAACUCCUCGAUGGCUCCCACUACAUCAAACUCGAUGAACUCCUCGAUGACUUACAUUAGAUCAACCUCGAUGAACUCCUCAAUGGCUCCCAGUACAACAAAUUCGAUGAGCUCCUCAAUGGCUCCCAGUCCCAGUACAACAAACUCGAUGAGCUCCUCGAUGGCAACGACACAGACAACCUCGAUGAACAUCUCGACAUCAAAAAACACUGCGUUUGCGUCUAUCCCGAUGAUUGCGUCUACAUCUGGUGGCGCAUUGUUGCUCCUUGGUUGUAUUGUUACAGUAGUUUGUUGCAAGAGGAGAAACUCAUGCAGUAAACUGACUUAUACAGUAGAAGUACGGCCUGGUCAAAACGAAGUUCAAGAUAGCCCUAUAUUCUGUGAAGUAGAUAUCUUUCAAUUCCCGAGCAGCGAACCACGCCGCUCAGAAACUGAUGAAACAGUCGAUACACAAGUGGGUGAACCUACACACGUUGAGAGUAACUCAGAGGAUGAAUAUUGCUAUCCUGAAAUUAUUGAAAAUGAAUAUGAAACUAUGAAUCCACCCCAAGCCAGUGCGGAAUACGCUUACGCGUAUAGCCAUGUAAAUGUAAACGCGGGUUUUAUGAACACUUUUCCGCGCAGGCGGCCAACAAACGGAGUUGAAGACGAUUGUGAAUACCCGCUGAAAAGCAGGAGCUUUUCAGAUAACGAAUAUCGGUAUGCGUAUGACUGGCGGAAUCCUGGUUUUAGGGAGGACAUAUUGAGCUCCUGUGAGUCUGUGGAAGGAUAUUAUACCCCUCUUGACAAAGAUAAGAUGGACGACAAUUUUUAUGGCCGAAGUUAUCAAACAUUAUCGCAAGAAAUUCUUGAGAAAAACCCCGAAACGACACCUCUUGAAUACGUUACUGCCGUGUAA